AUGAAAAUCCAAAUUUUAGCUCGAGCAUAUGCAUUGACCAUCGAAGUUGGUAUGCACGAACCCAUUCUCGAAAUCAAGAGGAAAAUUGAACAUUUUCUUGGUGUUCCUAUAUCUUCACAAACUCUUAGUGUAUGUGAUUGGGAACUACUCGACGGGCUUGAUCUAGAGGAUUAUCCAAUCGUUAAUGAAGGUACACAAAUUGAUCUCACGAUCAAUCAUAUGCUAUCUUUAGAAAACCAUAGACAAAUCCAAAUUAUAGUUAAGUUUUCAUCGAGAAAGCACAACAUAGAGGUUGAUAGAACAGAAACUGUAGGAAGUCUAAAAGAAAAGAUUCAUAUUAUCGAUGGGACGCCAAUUAAGCAAAUGACACUUUUCUUUUCAGGAGUGGAGAUGGAAGAGGAUUUUCGCAAUUUGAGUGACUAUGGUGUUGUUGAAUUCUCUGAAAUCAUUGUAUUUCUGAAGACCAUGAGCCGAUUAGUGGCUGAGCCUCCUUCUCGUAAGCUUGGCUUUGUUGUUCAAACUUCCUCGGCUCUCCUUGACUCGACCUGUAUCCCAUUAGAAAUGAAGGAUUCAAGCACGGUGAAUGAAUUAAGGGAAUUACUAUUGUCUAGGAAAUUACUACCAACUGACGACUACAUAUUUAUUCAUAAACAAAGGAUCAUGCGCGGAAAUUGUAGCCUCCGCUGGCAUGGAGUUGAAAAUGGUGAUUAUCUUUACGUAUUCAAAGGGACUAUUAGUCGUGGGUAA